AUCUUGGCCAUUCCUCCGAGCUGGCGUUCGUUGUGGAGCCAAGCGAUGACAUAGCUGUACAGGAGCAACCCUUGAUCCUCUACUGCCAGGUGGAGGGCAUCCAGCCCAUCACCAUCACGUGGCGGAAGAAUGGCGCACUGAUCGUGGACAGUGAGAAUGCCUUCAUGUUGGCCAACGGGUCACUCUACGUCUCCCGCUUCCAGAGGCUCCGGGGAGAUGGGUCCUCGGAUGAAGGCGAGUACGACUGCAUGGCACAAAACCACUACGGGCUGGUGGUGAGCAGGAAGGCCAAGAUUCAGGCAGCGACAAUGUCUGACUUCCACAUCCACCCUCAGAACGCAGUGGUGGAGGAAGGCGGUGUAGCAAGAUUCCAGUGCCAGAUCCACGGCUUGCCAGAGCCGGUCAUCCUCUGGCAAAAGAACCGCAUGCCGGUCAACACAGACAAUGAAAGGUACACACUGCUUCCCAAGGGAGUCCUCCAGAUCACGGGACUGAGGGCAGAAGACAGUGGGAUUUUUCACUGUGUUGCUACCAAUAUUGCUAAUGUGAAGUUCAGCCGGGAGGCCAGGCUCACCGUGUCAGGCUCCCACUCCACUGUUUACAAGGACCCCAUGAUACUUGUUGGCCCGGAGAACCUCACGCUGACAGUGCACCAGACCGCGGUGCUGGAGUGCAUCGCAACCGGCAACCCCCGGCCCAUCGUCUCCUGGAGCCGCUUAGACGGCCGCCCCAUUGGCGUGGAGGGGAUCCAGGUGCUGGGCACAGGAAAUCUGAUGAUCUCAGACCUCACCGUGCAGCAUUCGGGCAUCUACGUGUGCGCCGCGAACAAACCCGGCACGCGGGUGAGGAGGACCGCGCAGGGCAGCCUCGUUGUACAAGCCCCUGCAGAGUUUGUGCAGCAUCCCCAGUCCAUUUCUAGGCCCGUGGGGACUACUGCUAUCUUCACAUGUGUGGCCCAAGGGGAGCCCCCACCCCAGAUCACUUGGCUGAGGAACGGGCAGAUCCUGGAGACCAGUGACCACAUUAAGCUGAAGAAUAACAACAGCACUCUCACCAUCUAUGGGAUCAACCAGGCGGAUGAAGCCAUCUACCAGUGCAUCGCCGAGAACAGCGCCGGCUCCACGCAAGCCAGCGCUCGCCUCACGGUCCUGUGGGCAGAUGGGCUGCCCGGUCCUCCCCAGAGCGUGAAGGCUGAGACGGUCUCUGCAACCACCAUCCAGGUGUCCUGGACUGAACCUCUGCAGAACACCAAGGAGAUCAUCGGCUACGUGCUGCACAUUCGCAAAGCUGCAGAUCCUGUAGAGAUGGAGUAUCAGGAGGCUGUAAGCAAGAGCACCUUCCAGCAGCUAGUGACUGAUUUAGAGCCCUCGACCAGCUAUAGCUUUUACAUAAAGGCUUACACCUCCCGAGGUGCCAGCAAAGCCUCAGAAGUCACAGUGGUGAGCACGCUGGGAGAAGUCCCAGCCAUGCCAUCCCUCUUUAUUAAAGUCAUUAACAGCACAGCCAUCCAGGCGAUGUGGGAGCCCUCCAUCAAGCUGGGCCAGCAUGAAGGCUUCAAGCUGUAUUACCGCAAGGUCCACCUCUCCCAGUACACAGGUCCAGUGCUACUGCCCAGCAAUGUAACAGCAUACAACAUUACCCACCUGGAUGCCUCAGUGGUGUAUGAAGUCAAGCUCCUUGCCUAUAACCAGCACGGGGAUGGAAAUUCAACUGUUCGCUUUGUGUCCUUGAGGGAAACUGUGGAGAGGACAGUGCUGAAUCCCCCGUGUGACUGCAUGAAGGAUGAGCAGAACAAUAAAACCUCCACAACCGGCAUCAUCAUUGGGAUCCACAUCGGUGUCACGUGCAUCAUAUUCUGCAUCCUCUUCCUCAUGUUUGGGUACAGAGGAAGGCUGCUGAUGUGCAAAAACGUGCAGGAGCAGCUGACAACACCACAGAUCCCCAGGAGCCAGCGGAGCGCCACGGGCCUUGUCCUGAACGGGGCCACUCGCAGGGACAGGGAUGACCGGGACUUGAACGGAAAGCAGCUGGAUAUGAAUGAGCUGGAGAGGUUAUUCCCAGCAUCCCCAUCCCAGGAGCAGCAGGAUAAGGGAAUAACGUCGGCUCCACCAGCCCCCCAUGAUGAAACUCAGAUAACCACACUCCCUCUGGAUGAGUUCAGCAUCAUUGAGGAGCAGCCAGACCCC